AUGGCUUUGGGCUCAAUGGCCAUUCCUGCUUGUCCAUCUGGCAGUAUUUGUUUAUUUACUGGUGACAACUUUGAUGGUAAAAGUUGGGAAUGGACUAAAAAAGAUGGUUAUCAUGAUAUGCCAGCUGAUUUUCAUGAUAAUGUUGGAUCAUUUGUUGCUAGUACAGAUGGUUGUUUUAUUAAUUGGCAUCCAAAAGAAGCUCGUCCUGUAAAUUCUGGAGACUAUAGAAUUAAUUAUGGUGGUGAUUUUGGUAACAGAAUUGACGGCGUUGAUGCUGUUUGUUAA